AUGAAAAAUAUAAACAAUAGGAAAUGGAAGUUCAAAAUCCUAACCAAACAUCCCAAAUAUAUAACAUUAUGCCCUCCUGGUGCUUGUCCUCCUGACAACACAACUCCUAUCUUCAAGGUAGAUCCUGAUUCAUUAGAUUCACCUGGCACCAAUAUUGUUGAUGGUUGCCCAAACAGGGAUGGGAAAAGGGUUGUAAAUUCACUUCAGUAUCAAUAUGAAGUGAGAAAUACCUGGAUUUCUGACAGCAGAGCUAGCGGGAUCAUCGACGAUUUUGAAGGGGCUUCUGGAGCAAGCGACAAGUCCACAGGAGUGUCUUCCACGGCAAUCAGCCUGGUCGGGAAAGAGCUUGCUUCUUUUACAUCAACAGUGCAGGCUGCUAUGAAAGAUGCUCUUGUUCGUAUGUUGACUCCAAGGCGUUCUAUUGACAUUUUGAGAAAUGUUCAUGUUUCCAAGGAGCAAAGGAAACCAUAUGUUGUGGUGUUUGUUGGAGUCAACAGAGUUGGAAACUCAAUCAAUCUUGCCAAGGUGGCUUACUAG